AUGCCUCCACCGUGGUUCCAGUCACCGCCUUCGUUUCCGCAGCAGCAACAAAGUUACUCGCCGCAACACCCGCACAUGGCGAACAUCACCGCUACACAUCCUGCGAGCGGCAUCCUCGGUCCAUCUCCUACGGUACCUCAACCAACACAACUUCCAGCGAACCUGUCUGCAGCCUUUGGUACUAUGACCAUGCCAGAUCCCAACGAUGCCAGCUGUCCCGAAAAAGUCAUUCCUUUACCAGUAUCUCCCAUUCUCCGCCAAGCACAUUCACCACAAGUGGAUACCGUUGCCCAUCCUCAACCACCACCACCUGUGGAACCUACCCCUCCACCGGUUCCCCAAGUGGUUGCUCCUCCACCUCAACCUGCGGCUGGUCACUCAAUGGUGACUAGAAGCAAACGAGGUAUCACAAAACCAAAACAGCCUCUCUCCCUUCACACUGAAAUACUAUCUCAUCUUCCUACUUCUCACCUUAAAGCGUUGGAGGAUCCAAACUGGAAUCCUGCCAUGAAUGAGGAAUAUGACGCUUAA